AUGGCCGGAUCGGCUUCUAUGCUCUGCUUGAUCAUCCUUACUUUCUUCAUACCGCCCCUAGGCGUGUUCCUCAUCUCAGGCUGCAGCGCCGACUUCCUCAUCAAUAUCAUGCUUACUAUCUUGGGCUACCUCCCCGGUCACAUUCACGCUUUCUACCUGGAAUAUGUCUACUACAAGAAUCGCGAGGCCGUGAUGGCGGAUCCGGCACCGGGCGUCUACUCAGAUCGCAUUCAGCGGGGAGGACAGCCGAAUUACGGGUCGAUUCCCUGA